AUGAUUCUUUGCCUGGGCACAUGCAAAAAGGAAAAUCAGUUUUAUCUUCUUUCUCGUGAACCAACCUCAUUCCAAAUAGGCACUAAAAACAUUCUCUCUCUUUCUCUCUUCCUUUAUCUGUCUCUCUCUUUCUUUAUCUGUCUCUCUCUUUCUUUAUCUAUCUCUCUCUCUCUCUCAUCCUUUAUCUGUCUCUCUCUUUCUUUAUCUGUCUCUCUCUCUUUCUUUAUCUGUCUUUCUCUUCUUUUUUAUCUGUCUGUCUCUCUCUCUCUCUCUCUUCCUUUAUCUGUCUCUCUUUCUUUAUCUGUCUUUCUCUUUCUUUAUCUGUCUCUCUAUCUUCCUUUAUUUCUCUCUAUUCCUUUAUCUAUCUCUCGUCCUCGUUAUCUGUUUGCAUCUCUCUCUCUUCUUUUAUCCCUCUCUCUCACCCUUCCUUUAGCUCUCUCUCUCUCUUUCUUUAUCUGUCUAUUUCUCUCUUUCUUUAUCUUUCUCUCUCUCUCUCUUCUUUUGUCUGAUUCUCUCCCUUUCAUCUGUCUCUCUUCCUUUAUCUGUCUCUCUUUCUCUCCCUUUAUCUGUCUGUCUGUCUCACUCUCUUCCUUUAUCAGUCUCUAUCUUGUCCUUUAUCUGUUUGACUCUCUCUCUCUCUUCUUUUAUCAGUCUAUUUGUCUCUUCUUUUUAUCUGUCUCUCUCUCUCCUCUCUCUCUUCCUUUAUCUCUCUCUCUCGUCCUUUAUAUCUGUCUCUCUCUGUCUCUGUCUGUCUCUUCCUUUAUCGCUCUCUUCUUUUUGUCUGUCUCUCUCUCUUCUUUCUCUCUCUCUCUCUCGUCCUUUAUCUGUUUGUCUUUCUCUCUCUCUUUCAUCAUUUAUCUGUCUCUCCGUUUUUCUUUAUCUGCAUCUCUCUCUCUCUCUCUCUCUUCCUUUAUCAGUCUAUUUCUCUCUCUUCUUUUAUCUGUCUGUCUCUCUCCUCUUUCUCUCUUCCUUUAUCUGUUUCUCUCUCUCGUCCUUUAUAUGGUUGUCUGUCUCUGUCUCUCUCUCUCUCUCAUCCUUUAUCUCUCUAUCUCUCUUCCUUUCUCUCUCUCUCUUCCUUUAUUUGUCUAUGUAUCUUAUUAA